AUGGAUUCCUCAAGGAUAAGAGAGAAAAUCGGUUGCUUUCGAAUCCUCGUUAUAGGAAGAGCGAAUGCAGGAAAAACGACGAUACUCCAGAGAGUUUACAACACGCGGGAUAAUCCAAAAAUAUACAACAGUGCGGGGAACAGGUGUGCUCUUAGUCGAUGUCAUGAGCUGACGUCUUCUCAGCGCGGACUACACGACAUUGAGAUUGAAAUGGUGUUCAAAAGUAACCUGGGAUUCAUUUUCCAUGAUUCACAGGGUUUUGAGGCAGGCGGUGCAGACGAAUUUGAAAAGGUCAAGGCAUUCAUCAUGAGCUGUUCUAAGGAAAUCAAAAUAACGAAUCAACUACAUGCUAUCUGGUAA